UAAACAAUCUCCGGACUCGAAGUAGCCGCGACCGCGUAGUUUUACCUCUUCAAACAGACGAUUCCACCACCCAUCCAACGUUUACAAGGAGUUUGCCGGUAGGGAAGGUGCGGCGCGGCGGACCACUCGUGGCAACAUGGUGAAGGUCCAGAGGUCCUCCAGGAGGAAGAACGCUCACUGUCUCCGCAGACUGGAGAAUGCUGCUCCGACAGAGAUGGAGGAAGACCACCAGCUCCAGUCCGACACCCAGCAUCCGGCACAGGAGGAGCCCCGAGGAGGAGCCCCGUCCUCGGAUCAAGCCCAGCUCCAGACCUCUGCUUCAGCUGAGGUGCCCUCGGAGAACUUGGACCAGAAGGAGACUCCAGCAGAAGUCGAAGAAAAGGGCGAUGGUGCGUCCCCGUCCCAGGCCAAGCCCCUGUGGAAGCCCAUCCCCCCUCUGCUGCCUGAGUUGCAAAGGAACGGUACCAGUAAGACCAGGGACCAGAUCUGCCAGACGGAGGACCGGCUUCAGCAUAACAUAGGUCUCUUUGUGGAGCCCGGAGAUCCUCCUGUGCUCCAGCAGCCUCUACAGACCUCCAAAUCUGGGAUUCAGCAGAUAAUCGAAUGCUUCCGCUCAGGCACCAGCCAGCUGAAGCACAUGCUGCUGAAGGAGGUGGACACCAUCUUUGAGUGUAAGCUGUGCCGCAGUCUGUUCAGAGGCCUGCCCAACCUCAUCACACACAAAGAGUACUACUGCCUAUCACGGAUGCCCGAGCCCGACGGUUCAUCGGGUGAUGACAGACAGAGUGUAGCCAUGAAGGAUUUAUUGGACGCUAUAUAUCCCAGAAUCCCAGACACCGUGGUCCACCUGGAGCCCAUUCAGACCACAAACAAGGCGGUGUUCCAGUACCUCACCACAGAGGAGGAGCUGGCUCGAUUCCCAUCGCAAACACCGAGUGCCAGAGAGAGUCCGGUAGCCUGGGAGGAAGCAUCAGUGGAGGGCGGGGACAACGACCAACCGAGCCAGCCAGGAGAGCCCGAGAGCCACAGCAGCCCGGGGGUCGAGGAGGAGGCGAAAGAGGAGCAGCCGCAGCCCGAGGACGAGGGGUCCACCAGUGGGGUUGAGGAUGUCACAAUCUCCUGUUGUCUCUGCGGUCAGGAAUUUAACUCGCGCCGCAGCAUCAGACGCCACUGCCGCAAAAUGCACCAGGCCAAACUUGAAGAGCUCCGGAAGUUCACAGAGACACGCACAGUUCCCACAAGCCUGCUGUCGAUAGUGAAAGGUCGGCCGAGGACUCUCAGCACACCGCCUGGAAAAUCCUGCCCGGUAUGUUUUAAAAGCUUCGCUACCAAAGCCAAUGUACGCCGUCAUUUUGACGAGGUGCACCGCGGUCUCCGGAGGGACAACGUCACGCCCAGCAUUGCCUCGCGGCCCGGCCAGCCCUUCUCUCUGGAGGUCACCCCCCCCAGGAAGAGCGACAGUCCCUCUCCGACGCGGGGCAGCACCUCCAAGUCCACCCCUGUGAACUCUAAAACGGCGUCUCCGAACCCGAGCCCGUCCAAACCUCAGACUCCGCCCCCCGCCUCUCCACAGGUGGCCCCGGCCUCGUGUCGCUGCACCGUCUGCAAGAGGAACUACAGCUCUCAGCUCAUGUUGAAGAGGCACAUGCGCAUCGUCCACAAAAUAUACAGCAUCAAAAGCAACAGGCCGGCGACGCCGCCAGCCUCCUCUCCUCCUCCGGCAGCCCCCCCUCACCCGAAAGCCACGCCCCCCAGCAGCGGCGCCAGCUCGGGCGCGAGCAACAACACGCGAGUGAAAGAGGAGGCGGUGGAACCUUCCGACGACGACGAAGACGAGGACGAGGAGAACGUGGACAGCAGCCCGGCCCCGUCUCGCAGCGAGAGCCCCGCGGCCGCUAAAUGUGUCCCCGUGGCGAGCAACGCCGCGAAGGUGAAGGAAGAGGAGCCCCCGGCGAGCCCAAAGACGGCGCCGCCCUUGCCGUCGUCUUCCUCGCGCGGCGGCGGGAGCGGCCUCGCCAAAACCACCAGGCUGGCGGUGGGAUUUGACUUCAAGCAGCUGUUCUGCAAACUGUGCAAGCGGCAGUUCAGCUCCCGGCAGAACCUCACCAAGCACAUCGAGCUGCACACGGACGGCAACGACAUCUUCAUCAAGUUCUACCGCUGCCCUCUCUGCCGCUACGAGUCGCGCCGCAAGCGCGACGUCCUGCGCCACGUGACGGUGGUCCACAAGAAGUCGUCGGCGUACCUCGGGAAGAUCAUGCCCAAGCUGGAGAGCCGGGCGGUGAAGAGGCUGGCCGAGGUCGUCCUCAACGCGGCGCCGCUCGCCAAGAAGACGGCCGUCAAGGAGGAAGUGAACGGGCGCGCCGCUUCCUCGUCGUCGUCCUCGCCGUCGCCGCCCGUCACUCGCAAGCACGAGGGCUCGGCGGCCGCCCCCGCCGCUUCAUCAGCUUCCUCCUCCUCUUCCUCAGUCCAGCCUCCCGCCCCCGUCACUCGGAAACAGCAGGACCUCUCGUCGCCGGCGUCGGCCCCGUCCCCUCCGGUCACCCGCAAGCAGGAGAGGCAGCAGACCCGCCCGCCUCGGCCCGUCAGCCCCCCGCUGACCCGCCGCAGCGAGAAGCACACGCACCAACGCAACUCCUCCUCCGGCGUCUCGCCCGGCAACCAAACGCCGCACACCCGGCGGCACGACCCGCCGGCGGAGAGCAGCGGCACCGGGUCGUCGUCGUCCUCCUCCAACGAAGUCCGAGUGACCAAGAAUUUCUCCCUCCACGCCUGCGACCAAUGUGGACGGGCCUUUGCCAAGAAGCUGUACCUGGAGUCUCACAAGCGAAGUCAUCGCAACGCAGCGACGGCGGCAGCCAGCCGGAGGAAAGGAGUCAGCACCCGCUCCAAAUCCCUCGUCUGGUGAAACACACACACUUCAGCUGGGCAUAAGGGACCGGCGAGCCUCUAACAACGAAGACGCGAUCAUUUUAAUUUGGCAAAUAACGGACGAAUGGAACGAGCGCCGAGACGAAAGAAACCAACAGAGGAGUACGACGCAGGAGCGAAGUGAAAACGGAUUUCCACCCCUUUGCUUAUGAAGAGCCAAAUAUUUUGUUGGUAUCUGACAUUUUUUUUGGUGUAGUUUCAUUAUGAAGCCAGCCAGCUCGCUGGACGCCGGCGCUGCUCCCCACAGAGAGACUGUUGAAGACUCACUGCUCCUGCACACGCUCUGUUUACUACAGCGGCGUGUGGACAGAUCCAAAGGCUGCUGGCUGGUUGGUACGGCUUUGCUCUCGGUAGCAAAGAGAUGAAGGUAGAGUGUGAGUGCGAGUGUGUCUGUGUGAGUGUGUGUGUGUGUGUGUGGGGGGGGAAUCAGAACUGGAUCGUCACCUCCAAAAAUAUAGACUGGAAACUUAAUUGGAGAAUAUUUUUGGGAGAAAGCUGCAUUUGAUUGGGCCCUUUAAUUCCCAAACAGAUACACACAACAUAUGUGGCUCCUUGGCUCCUCCCUGUUUAUCACUUUUCCAUAUAUUCACAACGUAUGUUGUGUUUUAGGGUGCGAGGGGUCAACAUUACGACCUAGGACAGCGGUGCUCUGCUAUCCACCAGAGAAACGGCGUUUCUCCUUUCAGUCUCCGGCUGCUCGCCUCAGAGUUAAAGAAAGCUUCAUCUUCUCUUGUAAAUGUCCUGAGAAGCAAACCGAUCAAAAGUCCAGUUGUGAUUUUCCCCAGUGGUCUGAUUGUGUUGUCGCUGUACGGACCAACGGCAACAGGACUGAAUUGUUCAUUAUUAACAGGUUAUAGUUGAGGCAAGGGAAACCCUGAAGUAUAUGUUUUUGUUUUCUUUAAAAAUUGUGUGUGUGCAAAAACAAAACCUCUAUGUUCAGAGGUCAAUUUUCUAAGUUCCGCCUUUUUUGUUUGUUUGACUGCACGUGGAAAUCAGUUCGUUCCCGUUUGUUUCCUUUAAGUCGACUGAACCCCGUUUCAUCUCCAUAUAUUAGCCGACUUAUGACUCCCAGUAAUGGUGUGGUUACGAGAGGCCCGGGAGGCUUUAUGAAGCACGGCUCCAUCAAGACAUCCGUCUGUGAACUCAGGCAGAUCCGUUAUGAAAUGAGACACCAGCUUCACUCGCAGUGUGAAGGUAUGAAACCGAGGCGGCAGAGUUAGUGUUAAACAUGUGUAUACAUGCCUCAUAGAUGAAUUCACACAAACUCUCUUCCAAAUAUGGAGUAUUUGUAUUCUAUAACAGCUCAGUUGAAGGUGUACUACCACGGGCGGAACAUUCAAAAUAUCAAAUUAACGCCACUAUUACUACACCACCCCCCCCCCACACACACACACACACACACACACACAUCACUGUGUCUUCGGAUGCAUAUUGUUUGAAGACGGGUUGCUGCCGGCGUUCCGGUGACAGCCACACGGCGUUUCACUUUGGAAACCCAUCAACUGGAAGUAUUUGUUUUCCGCGUCGAAGGAAGUAUCGACGGCGGCGUCUCGCUCGCCGACCCGAGGCGAUGAGCGGACGCGUCUCAGCCGGGCCGCAGCAGCAGGUGCCGCGGGUCCAGAUGUUUGGGGCCCCACCAGCUGUGGCGCCCACCAUCCCUAUUUAUGAAGGGCCAGCAGCGUAGGGGGAAAGCUGCGUGUCCCGGAAGACUAAACGUAAAAGUUUACAUUAAACUUUUUGUUUUCCGUUUGCAACGCGGUACUCCAGCUUAAGGGGGCUGCGUUUGUUUCACGGCAGCAACAGGAACCCCGAGGUAGUCUCUGAAACACUGGCGCGCAGGAAAGUGAUGAAGGAAGACCAAAUGUAGAUAUGUCUUAAUGUUCAAUAAGAAAGCCAUGAAGUGGAACAAAACCAGAAGAAAAGACCAAGUUUUAUUUUUUAUAAGUGAAAACGCUACUGCGACACGGUCUUGAACUUGUAUAUAUGAAUUCAUCCAACACGGAUGGUAUAAAUAAUAGUUAUAAUAGUCACAAUAGUUAUUGGUCGACCAUAUGCUUCUAACAUGUCUGACUAGUUAUAAUUAACAGUGCGUCGUUCCACCUUUAGUUGUACCUCAUUCCUUUUUCAAGGAGGUUUUUGUUGUGCUAAGAAGAGAAUUAAGACCGUAGGAGACUUGUUUUUGUUUUAAAUCUUGUCAUUUCUUUCCUCAUCAGCUGUAAUAUGUUAUUAAGCUCACCUUCUAGAGAAGAGUUAGACAAGCCUUUCACAUGUGACGAGAAUGUUAAAACCAACCACUUAAUGAAUAAACAUGUACUGCUUUGAAUCUCA